UCAUGAACAGUGCAUCUUUUCAAUUCACUCUAUCGAACUCGUUGAACGGUGUAAUGUAAACGACGGUCAAGGGCUCGACACUGCCUGCUCAUUAAACCAAAGGCGACUCGCCACACUCUACCAGUAAGUGAUGUCCUGUCUACCAGAUGUAAAUAAUUUGUUAUAGGACCUACCGAGUCGAAGGAACCGCGAACUCGACCACACUCUCAAUCGAAACCUACUAUUCUAAAUCUCCAGCACUUCCUCUCGCCUUAAGAUGCAAUCCUUAUUCAACACGAUACGCUGUCGCUACUCUUGUAUUGUCAUGUCUCUGUCCGCAGCUGAAUCAACCCUCUGGCAGAAACUUUUAGGGCUCAAGGAUUUCAAUGAGUUCACAGUUAUUAAUGCUGGGACUCAAAUUGUUGAACGAUCACUACGGCCCGGGUUAAUUGAAGCCUUGAAAGGGCUUGGCCAACAACUGCGGGAUCAGCAGCGGUACAGCACCACUUUCAAUGGCAUGAAGAUGAAAUACAGCCCUUCAUAUAUCAUACGCCGCGAAGAAGGAGGCUUCUAAUACUACAUCCACCGGCGGAGAAUCAAUUUAAGUCGAGCACGAUCAUAUGUGUUUUUUGUUUUAGUUCCCAGUCUUAUGUCUGAAGCAUAGUGGACAUACGACCUUCAUACACCAAACGUUUCCAGUGCCCUGAAGAAUCUGUCCGAUAACUCAAGAAGGUCAAAUCUUCUGCCAAGGCCAAGAUGGGAAACUAGCCCUUCGUCGUGAAGUCGCAGUCCAUGAUCAUUCCGCAAGGGCUACUCGGGAAUAUGUAGCAUGGAAGAACAAGCGUUCAUUCAAUGCUACAUUGUCAUUGCUACUGUUCAUGCGCAUUCCAUUCCUAUGAUUCUGAUGUUUGCUGAAACAAAAACAAUGGUUCUGGUGCGGCCCGCUACGAAACGUGGUACGGAAGAGUUUUGGAAUGCCCAUUCGACAAGUAUACAUAUGACAGCAAGCCGUCUGUAUUGAUCCCACCUUCCCUCACUGUCGGUUG